UCUCUUCAGCUUCGGCGUACAGAUAGCAAAAACUCAAAAACUCUCCCUCUCACUCUCUCUCUACCCAAAAAGAAAGGAGAGAUGUAUCUCUCUCUCUCUCUCACCCCUUAGCUCCCCCACGCUCCACGGCACGCGCGUACUCCCCACGGAACAGCCACGACCCGCCACCUCUAUCUCGUGCUGGCCACGCGCCAUCUCUCUCCUCCUCCUCCUGCACCCGCUUCAUUAUCGGGAAACAAUCGCCACCUCUGACCCGAUCAAAUGAUUAGCAUUCAAAUUUUUUUUUUUUUUCUUUUUUUCACUUUUCUCGCCUGCGAUUAAUAAUCGAAUCGAGGGAUCGAGGCUCGAGCGUGAGCGGGAUAAGGUGGGGGCCCAAGGAGAUUUCGAUCGGUUCAGUGAUCUUCAUUCCUUCUCUCUCGCUCUCUGCGAAACCUCCUUGCUCGCCUUCUCUCUCCUCGAGCUUUAGAGAGGGAGAGUGAGAGUGUGAAAUGGUGCGGAGACGCCGCGAAAGCUCGGAGCUUCAGAUGGAGGUGUAGAUCGGAGCGCGGGAGAUUCGGCGCCAUCGAGCUUCGUCCGCCUCUCGUCUCUGCUGAAAUCUGUGUCUCCUCCGGUGAAGUGCAGUUCGUUCUGAAUCGCUGCUGAUUCUGUCCGCGGGAGAAGCCAGCAAGCUGAUUCGACUUUGCGAAUUCGUUGAAUGCGGUUUUUUUCGAAGCCCGUGACUGCUAAUUGGAGUUACGUUUUCUCUCUAAUAAUCCGCUUUCUGGAGAGGGAACUUCCGAGGAUCAGGUGCUUUGAGGAUCAAGCGGAGUUUCGAAUGGGUCCAAAGGACUAUUUUGAGGAUGCUUUGGACGCGAAAGCCAAGAUCAUGAGUAAUGAUUAGUUCUCUCGGUGAAAUCUGACCAGGCGCCGUUUCCUUCUGGCAUAUUGGUCGAGAUGCGAAGUACGACAGACGGUGGCAGGGAUAAAAAAGUGCGCAAGAUUCGCAGGCACUCGCCAUCCGGUGAGGAAGCCAGUGAUGGAGGAGGGAUUCCUUUGAAGAAAGGCCCUUGGACAGCGGCAGAAGAUGCAAUUUUGGUUGACUAUGUCACUAAGCAUGGGGAGGGAAAUUGGAAUGCGGUCCAGAAGCAUUCAGGGCUUGCCAGGUGUGGGAAAAGCUGUCGUUUGCGGUGGGCAAAUCAUCUGAGACCUGAUCUGAAGAAAGGUGCAUUUUCUCCUGAGGAAGAGCGUCUUAUUAUUGAGCUCCACGCGAAAAUGGGAAACAAAUGGGCUCGAAUGGCUGCAGAGUUACCCGGACGUACAGACAAUGAGAUAAAGAACUACUGGAAUACAAGAAUUAAGCGACUGCAACGCACUGGCAUGCCUAUAUAUCCUUCUGAGGUUUGUCUUCAAGUGUCAAGUGGGAAUCAAGAAACUCAUAACAUGGGUAACUUGCAUACUGCAGGCAAAGAUAAUUGUGAUCUCUCACAGGCAGAUACACUUGAGAUCCCAGAGGUUGAUUUUAGAAAACUGGAACUGCAUCUAGGUUUCUCUUCUUUUUGGUCUACACUUUUGGACGUUCCUCCUUGCGGCUUUGCAAGAGAGGCAAUGUGUCUAUCCGAUGCUUACUGCUUUCCAUUUCCAUCAAUCCCGUCUCCUAAACGCCUUCGGGGUUCUGAAACCCCAUAUCCUGUUUUGGAUGCUGGAAGUAAUGACAGUUUCUCUUCAUUGGGUCAGUAUGCUGACUAUUCUUCCGAGAUCAAUCCUGAGUCCUUUGUGUUGUCAUCACCGUAUGAUGUCAAUCCUGACUCGACUAACCAGUCUCUACUGGGCGAUCUCCCAGGCAGCCAUGCCUUUUUAAAUGGCAACUACCCUUCUUCUGUGCCCCAUUUGGAGGCCAUGAAGUCGGAGCUCCCUUCACUCCAAUAUACAGAGACUCAGCAAAGUAGCUGUGGUACUCCUGCAUCCCCACGACCUUCCCUUGAGUCUAUUGAACCUCUAAUACAGUCACCUCCAUGCGAGCACUAUCAGUCAGAUUGUCAUUCGCCACAGAGGUGCGGCCUACUGGAAGCCGUCGUCUAUGAGGCCUGCUCUAAGCAAAAAUCCUGCGCACAGACUACUGGCGUUUCUGGCAAUGUAGCUUGCAACUGUUCUCCGGUUCAGCUCAGGACAAAGCCGGAAAUGUAUGCUGCCCCAGACUCUCCUUUUGGUCAUAAUGCUACAUCAGUGCUCGGCGGAAGAUCGCUUGAAGAACCCCAAUCCGCCGACACCAUGCCUGGAUUUGACAUCAAGCCUGAGGAAGAUAGCAAACCUUUUACUGAUUUUGAAGGAAAGCAAGAGAUCUUAGAUCAGAUGCACAUCAACAGGCCAGAUGCUUUGUUUGAUUUAGAUUGGUGUCAGCACAAAAGUCAGCCUAGCGAAGACAAAAUUGGGCGGGCAGAUUAUAUCGGAGCACUUCUUGGUACUGAUUUUUACUAAGUCACCCAGAAUAUGGGUGAUAGGACCACAUUGCACUGGUAUACGACACGACUACAACAUGCCUUCUCGUCAACCCUUGGGAAUAGUGAGUUUUUAGAAUUUUGGAAAUUCUGCCUCCUUUUCCGGUCUAUGAAUUUUGCAACUUCCACCUUACGUUUGGGACCUAUGGCUUCAAGAUUUGAGUUCUCCUUUUUGAGUCCUCUGGACAAUGUCAUGUGAAUUCCUUUGGAUGCUUAUAAUUCUAGCUAAUUGUCGAUUUGUUCU